GCCACGGGUAGGCGAGGCGCUUUACGCGGAAGUCUGCGGAGUACGGUUGCAUCCGCUUCUGGGGGCCGGUAGCCGGCCUGGGCUGUUCUGCGCCCUUCGGUCCUGAGCCUGUGUUCCCCUAGAGGGUGCCUGGACAGAUUGAAGCCAUGGCCAUUCUUUUUGCCGUUGUUGCCAGGGGAACCACUAUCCUUGCCAAACAUGCUUGGUGUGGAGGAAACUUCCUGGAGGUGACAGAGCAGAUUCUGGCUAAGAUACCUUCUGAAAAUAACAAACUAACGUACUCACAUGGCAAUUAUUUGUUUCAUUACAUCUGCCAAGACAGAAUUGUGUAUCUUUGUAUCACUGAUGAUGAUUUUGAACGCUCCCGAGCCUUCAAUUUUUUGAAUGAAGUAAAGAAGAGAUUUCAGACUACUUACGGUUCAAGAGCACAGACAGCACUUCCAUAUGCCAUGAAUAGCGAGUUCUCAAGUGUCUUGGCUGCACAGCUGAAGCAUCAUUCUGAGAAUAAGGGCCUAGACAAAGUGAUGGAGACUCAAGCCCAAGUGGAUGAACUGAAAGGAAUCAUGGUCAGAAAUAUAGAUCUGGUAGCUCAGCGAGGAGAAAGAUUGGAAUUAUUGAUAGAUAAAACAGAAAAUCUUGUGGAUUCAUCUGUCACCUUCAAAACAACCAGCAGAAAUCUUGCCCGAGCCAUGUGUAUGAAGAACAUCAAGCUCACCAUCAUCAUCAUCAUUGUAUCAAUUGUGUUCAUCUACAUUAUUGUAUCAUCGCUCUGUGGUGGAUUUACUUGGCCAAGCUGUGUAAAAAAAUAAGAAAGAAAAAAUUAUCAUUAACCAAAUAUAUGGGAGACAAAGAAAUUAAAAACAAUCCAUGUGACUCAAGCCUUUCACUAUUCAGAAAAUUGUCUGCCAGUCUCUUCAACCCUCUUUCACUUUUUCUUGUUUCAAUCUUGUUGUAUGUCUUGAAGAUUUCUCUUUGUUGCUAUCAGCCAGUUUAUCCCACUGAACUGCAGAGUGAACCAUUUAUUAUAGCAGUAGCCUGAAAGGGCUUUUGUUUGUUUGUUUGGUUUGUUAACUAGUGUCAUCUACUUUGAGAAACAUUUUUGUUUUCAGUUGCACAAAGCUGUUGCCAAGUUGGAAACUAACAGUCUUACAAGCUGUCUACUAAAAUUGUAUAGAAUCUUUGUAUAUGCACACAAAAAUAUUAAAGGAACAAAUAGAAUUGCUAAUAUCUCAUCUUAAUGGCUUUUGUUAUUGAAGUUUUAGGUGCUUCAAAACAGUGUAAAUGGAGAAUAUUGUUAUUUUGGGAAUUGUAAUUAAAUUGUUGGUGCUGCUUAUUUCCAGGAGCCCAAACAGGUAAAGUACUAAAUUUUUUUAUUUCAACCAGAUGGGGAAUAUUUUGCUAGUCUGUUAGGAGCACACAGUAUCAUCCUUUGUCUCCUAGUAUUCACUUUUGGGAAUAAACUUUAGUGUGCUAAUCAUUGACAAUAUAGUGGAUGCUUGAUAUUUUGUUUCCUUAUCAAAUGAUCUGAGAUGAUGGUUUAAAUAUUGUUGAAGAUUGUGGUUUUUAAUAUAUUCCUUUUUGUUCUGUGGGUAUUUAGGGCAAUUGUAUUGUUAAAGAGUGUGUAAUGGAGGGGUUGGGAGGCAAACACCUCUGAAUCACCAAAGAAAAAGGAGGGGACCACAGUGGAUGUGCUAACAUUUUAGCUGUAUAAAGGGAGAUUGUGUGGGAAUUUUUUUCCAUUCUGGGAAAAGCCCAAACUGAGUAUAGUCAGCAGUCAACUCCAGAGUUUGGAUUUGACUCCUGUUGAAUAAUAGUUUGAGCAUCCUUUAUUGUUUAAUAAGUUCUUUACUUAAUUGUGAAGUUUUCAUGAAGUCUGAGAGAAUAUGUAGAAACAAUAUAAAAGAAUUUAAUGUCAGUUUUACUGCAGCGUAAGAAAAUUGGACUGUGAUACUGCUUCAGCUACUUAGCAUUUAUCUGGUAGUCAUCAUGUGUCUGAAAGAUGUUCGCUGCCAUAGAAUAAUUGCAUUUAUUUAUUAAUAAGUGCAAUUAAACGGACAUUUUCUUCUUUUCCUAAUGAAAGAACAAAUUAUUGCAUAGAAUCUAGCCACCUGUUUAGCUUCAUCAUGUGCCUUCAAUAUGUAUGUGUCCCAUAAUGUGGCUUUUGGUACCUGUUCUUCCAACUAAAUCAUUUAAUUGAUGCUACUGGAUUCACAUUGACAUGUACCUUAGGUCCACUGGAAUUUCCCUUGCUGAUCAUGCAUAGCACAAAUGUUUUACCAGUUGUUUUUAUCAACAGUAAUUCAUUUUAAUUAUAUCAGCAUUUCCUUUUGAAAAAUAGACAUUUGUCAGGCCAGAGAUUUACUAUGCUUGAUCUUAGCCAAAAGGCCGAGAAGCGAUAGGGCUGGAGAUUUACCUUGGUGGCACCACGCCUU